AUGCCAUCAACAUCUGUUAAGUCUGUCAACCGCAGAGGCCCUAUCAACUCUGUAAGUCUGUCAACAGCAGUACGCCCAUCAACAUCUGUAAGUCUGUCAACCACAGCAGGCCCAUCAACAGCUGUAGUCUGUCAACAGCAGUACGCCCAUCAAAUCGCAGGCCCAUCAACAGCUGUAAGUCUGUCAACAGUAGCAGGCCCAUCAACAACUGUAAGUCGUGUCAAACAGCAGCAGGCCCGGCCCAUCAACAGGCCUGCAAAGCACCACCCAUCAACAGCUGUAAGUCUGGUCAACACCAGCAACGCCCAUCAAACAGCUGGUAAAGUUCUGUCAAACAGCAGCAGGCCCAUCAACAGCUGUAACGUCUGUCCAACACCAGCAGGGCCCAAUCAAACAGCUGUAAGUGCUGUUAACAGCUGUAAGUCUGUCAACAGCAGCAAGCCCCAUCAAACACCAGCACACCCAUCAACAGCUGAAGUCCUGUCAACAGCAGCAUGCCAUCAAAAUCUGCAGGGCCCAUUCAACAGCUGUAAGUCUGUCAACAGUGUCUGUAAGUCUGUCAACACAGCAGCAAGCCCAUCAACACCAAGCACACCAUCAACAACAUGUAAGUCUGUCAACCGAGCAGCACUCCCAUCAACAGCUGUAAGUCCCUGUCAACAGCAGCACGCCCCAUCAACAGCUGUAAGUCUGUCACAGCAGCACAUCCAUCAACAGCUGUAA